AUGGACUUGCUACAGAAGGAGCACGAGCGAGCGUGGAAGCGCAUGAAAGCGGCCAAGAGUAUCAACGACGUCCAAGCUACGAUUGACUUGCUACAGAAAGCCCGAGACUCGAUAGCUGCUGAUCCGACAAAGGCUUCAAUCACACUUGCAAAGCUACAAAAUCCAGUUAAGGCGUCAUUCGAUGCGACCAACGACAGUUUGAAAGAGACUCAUAGUAGUCUCAACAAGUAUACAAAAGCACUAGACAAGUUAUUCAAAGAUCGCCCUCUUCCUAGCACCGAAUAUGACGCCCUCUCAAGUUCACCGAGCCUCGUCAAUCGAGCGAUAGCCAUGCACUUACUCCGAGAAGGCCAAUUUUCAGUUGCAGCUACAUUCGUAGACGAAAUAGCGCAAGCAAAAUCCCCCGCUCAGCCUGAAUUCGAAGAAAAUUCGAUUAACGAGAAUAAUACGUCUACGAUCCUUGACCAGAUCCACUCAGACAGAAUCCGUGAAGAGUUCACCAAAAUGUAUCACAUACUACGCGAGCUUCGAGAAAACUCCAAUUUAUUGCCAGCAAUUGACUGGGCAAGGGACCAUCGAUCGGUUCUAGAGAGCCGAGGAAGCAACCUAGAGUUUGAGCUUUGUCGUCUCCAAUUCGUCUGGCUCUUUCAUGGUGGAACGAAACUACAAUACUCACCCAGCUCCGACGGCCGACAGGCUGCUCUAGAGUAUGCAAGGCAGGAGUUUUUGACAUUCACGCCCCGGUAUUUGAAAGAGAUUCAACAACUUAUAAGUGCUAUGGCAUUUUGGCCAAAUCUGGACGAAUCUCCAUAUCGGCAUAUUUUCAACAACCCGACGGCUUGGUCUGACGUAGCUCAUUCAUUCACACGAGAGUUCUGUUCGUUACUUGGGUUGUCGGCAGACUCUCCUCUUUAUAUAGCAGCAACAGCUGGCGCCAUUGCCCUUCCAACUUUAUUGAAAUUACAGACGAUUAUGAAGGCAAAGAGAACCGAGUGGACCACACAGGAUGAACUACCGGUCGAGAUACCACUACCGCCCUCGUAUCUGUUCCAUUCGAUAUUCGUGUGUCCCGUCUCGAAAGAACAAACUACGGAUCAGAACCCUCCUAUGAUGAUGCCGUGCGGUCACGUCAUUGCGCAGGAGUCCCUUCAGCGAAUCAGCAAGGGCAACAAAUUCAAAUGCCCUUACUGUCCGAGCGAGAGCCAUCCGAAGAAUGCCCGGAAAGUUAUAUUCUAA